AUGGGGACCAAGCCCAUGACGGUCACGGUCGGAGACUCCUUCCCCACCGACGCGGUGGUGCACAUUGGGUUUGCUGGCGGCCCAAACCCGGCCACACCCGUGAAGACCGGCUCGCUAAUCACGGGCCGCAAGGUGCUCGUGGUGACGCUGCCUGGCGCCUUCACGCCCACCUGA